AUGGCUCUAAACUGCAUUCUAACCCACGUGGUGUGGGUUCAGAAGCAAAUCGGCAGCCUGGUGAUUGCACAGCCCAGACGCCUUUUGGCUUCAUGGGAGGUACGACUUUCAGGGCAUAAUAGACAGCUCCAGCUUCACAUCUAUAGUGAGAAUCUAUUCGAGUUACCGGAUCUUACAGGAUGGCUGGCCCUUAAUUGCCUAAUGCGGUACACACGUGAAGUCAGUGGGCGCUUUCAGCGACGCCUCUAA